UCUGAAACCAUUUCAAAAGCAAUGUCUUCAAAUGACAGUGGUCCAAAGAAACAGCUGACCGUACAGAACGUGUGUAAAGCCUUGAAGUACGCCUACGAUCAUAACAAUGACAGGACAAAACGCAACGCCCUUAAUUUCUUCUACGCUCACUCUCACCUCCUGUCCGAGUCAAGGGAAUUCAUGAAAGGCUUCAUAAAACUUCCCAGAGAAUGUGUGCUGGAGCUCCUGGUCACCAAUAAGAUCAACCUCUCACAGGAGGCUAUAUACACAGCCGUCAUUCAGUGGUCCGAGUGUCAGUGUGCACUACAGUCCAAAGAUCCCACUCCAGAAAACAAGAGGGCAGUUCUUGGUGACAUUCUCAAGAAAAUCAAAUACACAAACAUGUCCGUGGAGUUUUUUAACAACCAGGUGGCAGCGCAGAGGGUUUUGAAUGUGGACGAUAUUAUAAAGGUUUACCAGCACUUGGUCGCUCAUCGUACACCGGCGUCACAGACUAACACCAUCAUUAUUCCAGAUUCUAGCGACUCAGAUUCAGAUGUAGAGUGGACAGUUCCGCCAGAAAAUUCUGCCACCCCUCACCCCCCUGGUCCCCAUGUGAAUGUCACAUCAGGUACCCUGUCCAUGUCCGAAGUAAUAGACAUGAAUGACUCACGGACAGUUCCACUGCCCUAUUGGUUCAAGGCACCCCGGAAUAAAUGCAUUCUCUAUCGAUUUCAUACCACGCUGGCAGGUAAAUCCUAUCCCCAAAAAUGCCCUGACUCGGUCACAUUCAGUGUUUCAAAAAACAUAAGUUUACAUGGAGUAUACAUUUAUGCCAGCCAUCAAAACCCAGUGCAGUAUAAAGUUGAUUUCAAAAUUUUAGAAAAUGGUAAUUUGGAGCUUAUUAAAUGA